UGUGGGGGCUAUGGGGGCCGGGCGUGGAUGCUGCUGGAGGCCGGCCCGCUCGCCGCCAGCCCCGCUGCGGAAAGUUGUUGACGCCUGACGUUUGUUUGGGAGCCGUACUUGGCGCUCGUGCCGUCAGUUACAGACCUGCUGCCGUCACGGGAAGCGGUGCCGGAGGCCACGAGGCAAGUGAACACACAGGCGCCGCUGACGAGAGAUGCUCGAGGCUGAAGCUCAACCUCAAAGGGUAGAGAGUACGAGGUGCUGAAGCUCUCCGUCAAAGGGUUUGUGCGGGGAGGACCUGCCUCGUGAAGCUCACGAGGGGUGACAGUAGUUCAGCGACAAGCACGUGGUGAACUCUGGAACCUACUGGGUAACCGUGGUGAGUGCCAGCCUUGCUCCAUAGCAACCAGCGUGGCCGUCAACCAGCGAACUUGCUCAAGCACAUGGCCGAGUGGUUAGGCGGCUGAAGCCAAGCGCGUGUACCAGCGACACAUACGUCACUUCCGGCACUGACAGCAGGCACUUCAAGACGGUCCAUCGUGUCUGUGACUGACAAGACACCUGCACAUCACCUUCCCCCUCCACACACACCCUCCACCGCAGCCAUGGACCACGUCCCCUCAGGUUACGUCACAGCGCAUGCGAAACAAAGCAAGAUGGGUGCCAGCAGUGGUCCCCGCUGCCUCAAGUGUAUUGACGGGUGUCCGGGCCUUGACCUCCACUACUUCCGCAAAGUCUGCAAGAACUGCCGGUGUCCUCAGGAGGACCAUGACCUGCCGUCCUCCGAUGACAUGGACUUCCGGCCCAUCAGCCUCCUCUUCGAUACCACAAUGACGUCACGCGAUGGCAAGGCCGACUGGAUGGCGCGGCUAGAGAAGCUCAGCAUCCACGACCCGGGAGGUCUGGCCCAGAUGUGCUCACCGCAGAAUGAUGUUGUCAUCUCCAGGCUCAUCAGUGAGAAUAUGCGGUCCCAGAAGUACAUCUCCAUGUUGCCCGAGGACAAGCAGGAGUUCGCAGCACAGCUCAGACGACGACAACUGCAGCGACAACUGCCACUGCACGACCUGGACCCGCGGUUCUGCUCCAGUCUGGGCGAAAAGGAGGCCGCCAAGUACGACAAGUUCAUCGACAAGCGGCGCAAGAAGGCGGCUGGCAUCGGGCAGAUCGGCGAGGUCUCCUCCACCGGCAUCGUGAAAUGCCACAACUGCAAGGUCAAGAUGGAGUCCGGCUCACCAGCCGUGAUUGCCGCCCGCCUGCCAGGAGAGUGCUGGCACCCGGGUUGUUUCACGUGCAGCACGUGCAGGCAGCUUCUGGUGGACAACAUCUACUUCGGCCGGGACUCGCGCCUGUACUGUGGACGGCAUUAUGCAGAUCAGUUGUACCCCAGGUGUUCUGCGUGUGAUGAGAUCAUAUUCGCGCGUGAAUACACACAAGCUGAAGGCCGCUCGUGGCACGUGCACCACUUCUGCUGCUGGAGCUGUGACAGUCCUCUGGCAGGACAGCGAUACAUUGCCAAGGAUGAUAACCCAUACUGUAUGGUGUGUUUCGACAAACUAUACAGCAAGGUGUGCAGUACCUGCCAGCGACCUAUCACAGACGACGCACCUGGCGUAACGCACGGUUCGCUGCACUGGCACGCAUGCCCUCACUGUUUCUCGUGCCACGCGUGCGCCCGGGCACUGCUCAACCAGCCAUUCAUCCUGCGCAACGGCCGCCUGUACUGCUCCCAGGAGUGCAGCUAUCGUCUUCACGGUUGUUCCCUCACAGCCUCCAUUGCACGUCAGUACGCCACGUGAUCGCUGCGCGCGGCUCCUUGUCGUCUGCUUCCGGUGUCCUAGUCAGCCAUUCUCAGCGCCGAGAGCCGGCGUCACAACUGCUGUUCCUUGAGGAGUUCUUGAGCAAAUUAGAGGAGUUAAUGGCCACCCUCUUGUGAGUGCUGCCAUCGCAGAGUAGUCCCACGUCUCAUGUAACUGGUCUGUUAAUGUCUCAAUGUCUUGUAUACCGAUUUGUCGGGUGCUAGUCGACAGCAGCGAUCGCAGUAGGCACGCAUGAUCCCAAACAAAACAAGUAGAAGUGGUUUUACCCCAAACAACACACAGUUAGUCAAUAAUUAGAUCUUGUAAGGAUUUUUGCGCUAAUUGUGGGGUCUAAACGAGUCUAGGGGAGUAUAUACUAAACAUUUUAUCUUAAAAUAGAAGUUGAACCUCAAGAAAGUUGAAGGAGAACACAAUUUCAAAGCCCCGUUGAUCCUGUAUAUCAUGGCCAAGGCAGCAAGACAUCCAAGUCCGGUGCUGUACAAUAAAAGCAAGUACGUCAAUAGCCCCACGUCGCAGGAAGAGUAAAGAGCACUGCAAUCAAAGGUCAUGGAUGAUGUGGAUGGCGACCCCAUUAGUAAUAGAGACAAGAAUAGCUAUUUCCUCUCUCUCACAACACUCACUGUAAGGCUAAAUACAUGUACGUAAUUCAGUUAACGUCCCCAUAGCUAUUUUCUGUUUUCUAACAGCUCUUUGAAACGAAAAACAAGAAAAAAUAAUGUGAAAGCGCUGCUCCAGCUAUCGAAAGUUAAAACCAAAAUAAAGCAUUGGUCCAAUGUUUCUCUUCCUUGUUUUUCCAUAACUUGCAUUUCGAUCAGCAGUUUCAUAUUUAUACAAAACGUUUAAGUGUACAUCAUGCAACAGUUGUCAGUCAGGUGACAUUCGUGUUCCCAUCCUCCAUUACUGAAAACGAUCUCGUAGCUAGGUCAGCCUCAUAUAUAGCCCUAACACGCUGUUUACCACUUUUACUUACUAGAAAAAUGGUGGAAAAUGUUUGCGCGUGUUUGAAGAAUAACGGAGGUGCUCUGUGAGAACUAACUCUGAAUGUUUUAAAUUGUAUAAAACCUCUGGCAUCAUCUGCUGUCUUUGGAUCAUUGUCCCGAUGUGAGGUCACUGUGACAGCGGUAGCAUCAUGCUGUAACGGUUACAACUUAAAAAUUAUAGACAUCAACGAUUUAGCGAGUUAUGUAGAGACUUAGUGGUCUAGGUAGCUCACCACAAUAGAUGAUGGCUUGUGUAUCUGAGUGUGCGCCUGUUUGUUGGCACUCCUGCCAUUUUGUACUUCUAUCGAGACUCUUGACAUUAAGGUCUAUAGACACCCACGCCUUUUAUUUAACUUCAGACCCUUUAGUGAUGUGAACUUAUUUUUUUUUUUUAAGGCAUUGUGCCGAUUGUUGAACUCGUGUCAUACCUCGUAUCUGUUUAUGUGUUGAAUCUAAGUUUUACCCAUAAUACGCCCAAGCUUAGUUUUUCUUUGUGACCAAAGCCAAUAUCGUUUUUCAGCCCUUGUUAAAAUCAAGUCCUGUGAUCCGACCUUUUCAUACCCUUUCAUUUCUGAAUGACCUUGCAUCCUUCAUUUUCUACCAGUCUUUCUUGAGAAAAGGAUUGAAUGAUUACCGCAUAUUUACUUUGUACUUUUAUGGCAAUUCACAUAGAACUGGAUUUGAGAAUUAUAGGACAUUAAAAUAUACUGUGAUUAGUUA